ACGCAUACAACAUAUAGAACAGCAUGUCGAAAACUGUCAUCAUCACUGGCUCAUACCCCUGUGAGCAAUGGCUUAUACCCCCGUAAGCAAGCAAAAUAUGCAGACUCAUAGUCCCGUAAGGUUCAUGGCUACUCACUUUGCGUGAAUUAGCUGCGAUGACACUACCCCUGCUGUCGGUGAUUUCAAUGUGGAUGUGUCGGUACCGAAAAGGGAGCAGUUUACGCGUUCCGUGUUGCAGACAUAUCCCUUGCGUUGCCACACCGAUGCGGCCCAACCGACCACCCAGCGACGUACGUGCACCGAUUUGACAUUAUCAAAGAAAGUGAUUGCUGUUGCGAGUAAAAUAAUGACCAACGACAAUAAAUGAGUGUGUGCGCCUUUCGUCAAGAUGACCACCCAUCAAGACAAUAAACGAGUUCGUACCUUUGUUAAAAGUUAUGUGUCACCUCCGUGUCAUGUGCUAAGCAGCUUUGCAGGUCAACCACCUUCACAGAUUGGAAUGACAUCUUUUUUUUUUUUUUUUUCUCCAGCGCCUUCAACAAAAAUUGGCGCGAUCCCUUUUCAUUAUUUUUUAAUUAUUUAAAUAUAGGCGAUAUAGACAAUUAACUUCACGGGAAGGAAGACAUUCCGUUAUGUUUCCAUUGCGUACCUUGCCCUCCCCCCCCCCCCCCCCUUUUUGUGGGUACGUGCCACACAGUGAAGGCAACAACCUUCUUGGUUUUGACGCUCGAGUCAGCCAUCCCUAGCUGGCGUCGUCAAACUUGCGCAGCACAGGAAUAAGAGAAAAAUGAAGCGGACAUCCUGACAUUGUUCACGCUCCAUCUCACGAAACUGUAUGUAAACAGAGUCGAGUGAGUCGGCAGGUCAACGCACGAACGCUGGGCACGGUUGCUGCUGCCAAGUGCUUCUUUACGCUGGAGUCUGACGCGCCGCCGCGUCUGCCGAUGUCAAGUGAAACGGCAGCUUGCCAGUGCGCACCGUAGCACGCACUCUGCCAAGUCUCGGCGUAUGCCAGCGCUCGGUCUAGGAGCGGCUUUAUUAGCGGCCAGAGAUUAGCCGGCGUAGUAGACGAAAAAGAAGACAUCGACUGCCAGGCCUUAUUGCCAAGGUAAGGAAGGGGAUGCGUAAUUGGGGCUGCGUCCGGCAUGGUUCGCACCAGGGAGGAAGGAAAAUGAUAGGAGGGAGCAUAUCGCAACGCGAUUGAAGCCAAUCUGGUGGCCCAACACGUGAUCGCAUGUGUUCGAGGUUGGUUUUAGUGUUCCCGCUCUGCACGCAGAGUCAUGGCAGGGCAGCUGAAUAAGCGCACACCGAAUCAAAACUACUAGCAUAGCUACUGGGAACCAGAUGUCUCAGCAAAUCUCCAUUCUUCCUCUGUGAUCCCGACGCAAGAGGUCUCGUGCUGGGCCAUCACUGUGGCUUCACAGAGCGGUCGCUUGCCAAGGCUGGCUGCGUGACGUAAUACUCCCUCCUAUAUUUUUCCUUCCUCUUAAGGUUCGCGCCACGUCGUGGUUCGCACAUACACCAGCAGUUAUUUGCGCGGGGGAACGCGGCCUCGUGUUUGCGUCACGUCGGUUCAGAACGACGCACUAUUGGGCACUGCUUGGAGAAGAUAGCAGAGGUGAACAGCAUUUGAGCGAUGGACGUUGUUUCCCUGGAAGGCGAGCUUCGCGCCUCUGCGGCACUCGUCAACGUGACCACCUCCGCGUUUCCGUCCGACGUGCGUCACCAACGGUGAUGAGCACCGCCCGACUUUGACAAAUCUUAAGAUGCCCCAGAUACCAGUGAACGCGGAGAAUUAGUAAUGCGGGUGGAAGGGAACGCAUCGUCCGUCUGCGAAGACCGCUUAAAAGAACGACGCCUUCAGUGGCAGUUGCAGUAGAAAGACGCCCGAGUCCGUGAGAAGUUGGUCGUCUGGAUUCCGUUGGCACAUAGGCCAGUCUGGAGGACCUCCGAAAGAAUCUCCCCCAUCUUUCGUUCAGCCCGGAAAGAAGGGAAACGUGUCACUGACCGACUAGUGACAAGCUACACAAAAAGAGCACAUGCGCCAAGUUUGCCCCCACCCCUUUCUCUCUCUCUCCCUUUCCUCCUCGAUUUUUCUGUUGUGUCGGUAUGAACAGCCAUUAGGAAGCGAAGAAGGGUCUUCUGCGCCAGUCGUCCACCCCUUCGCCCUUUCUCUCCGCUGCUGAGCAUUUUUCUCUCCCUCCAACGGCGGUGCCGGAAAAAAAAAAGUUGCCCUCGGCGGCGGGGCAAGUGGGCAAGUGCCUACAGACACCUCCUCACCCGCUCGCUCACCCUCGCCACCCGGGCCGUGACGUAGCUGCCGCUUUCGCUUACCUUGCUAGCCGACUCCAGUAGCCCACAUUCGCAGAGAGUGGUUGGACGUUGUAGGUUCCGGCCGUGUGUCCGUUUGCCCCCUCCGUGCGCACUUGGCGUAGUCUGGCCGCGGAACUACAUAGAGCAGCGCCGUACUAGUGUGUUCCGUUGCUGCACUUCGCGCUGGGAUUUUACGCACGCUCUGCGCUUUUCUACCACAAACCUGGAUUACUAACCAACAGCGGCGUUCAGCAUGCCCAAAGUAUUCUUGGUGCGAAAGCCUCGGAGCCACCGGCGGCGCGCAUUGUCGACUUCAUCUACGGUGACACCCCCGCCGAGCCCACAGGAACCGACGCAGUCACGGACCACCUCGACAUGUCCGCCGUACCAAGGGAACCUCGUCAUCGAUUUGGGAUCGCCAGCCUCCAGCUGCGGGCAGCGGAGCAGUCCUCCUAUGAGUCACCGCAGCAGUCCGCCCGUGUCUCCGCCGACGCCCCCAUCGUCGAGCGAAGGCGACAAGGGCUGCCAGCAGAGCAGUGAUGAACCGUACCUGUCUUCGGAGGACUCCUCCUCGGAGGUGUCCUCCACGUCCAUCGCGUACGCAAACUUCCUGAGUAGAAUGGCCAUCCCGCGAGCCCAUGCUACGUCGCACUCCGUACCGCUGCAGCAGGACCCGCGGCCCAUGGCCCCGUGCCCUUUGCGUGUUCCUGUGAUCCAGUCGCCCAUCUCCCGCUACCCGUCUGCUCGGCCGCUGAUCGCGCCUACGUCCAUGGACAUGCCACUGGACGCCCGCAUCAAUGUGCCUGCCGCCUCGCCCGAGGCGCACCCUCACUACCUGCCGCCCGCGUCUCCCGUGGAGCUGACGCGGCGCCCCAUGGAAGUCAUGUCUGCAGCCGUUUCUGAGAAGGCAGUGUCCGAUGACGAAGCUUCCCCCAGGCCUGCCGCUCAGCUGACGGCCAGGCUAGGCCUUCUGCAACAGCGGCUAGGCCUGAACGGGGACUUGCCCCUCGAGUUCGUCAAUGGCGGCCACGGCAUCAAAAACCCGCUCAUCAACAAGACCGGCCGACGGAACAGCGGCCAGCAACCAUCAUCGGCAGUCGAGUCGCACGACUCGAGCAGCAACCAGAGCUCUGGGUCAGUGGAGCCUCUCAGUCCUCCUCAGAGGCCGCUGCAGCCGCCUGUGCCGCCACCACCGCAGCCGCAGCAGCGGCCGGUGCAGCAGCAUCAGCAGCCAGCAGCGAGGCCUCAGAUCAGCAAGUUUUCAUGCGGAGAGUGUGGCAAGACUUUCGGCCUGCAGCGGCUUCUUAAUCGCCACAUGAAGUGCCACAGCGACUUCAAGCGCUAUCUGUGCACCUUCUGCGGCAAGGGAUUCAACGACACCUUCGACCUCAAGCGCCACACAAGAACGCACACCGGUGUCCGCCCGUACAAGUGCGGCAUGUGUGACAAAUCGUUCACACAGCGCUGCUCGCUCGAGUCGCACACGCUCAAGGUGCACGGCAUCCAGCACCAGUACGCCUACAAGGAGCGCCGGGCCAAAGUCUACGUCUGCGAAGAGUGCGGCCACACGACGAACGAGCCCGAAGUGCACUUCCUGCACCUCAGGGAUCGCCACCCUCUGAGUCCGGCGCUGCACAAGUUCUACGACAAGAGGCACUUCAAGUUCUCCGACGGCACUUUCCCCAUGAACAUACUGCGCGUGCCUCUUGCCUAAACUGCCUUUCUCGGGCGCUGAACGCGUUCAACGCCCCUUGCAAGGCGUCAGCCACAUGGAGCGCAUUUGGCGAUAGCGGAGCACCUUCUGGUGCGCAUUUGAAAGGGACACUGAAGGGUAACCUUCGCAAGUCUGUUUAUGCCGCUAAAUGGAUCCCCCAAAGCUAUUUUAAUUAAUUUCCCAUGACAUUCUCGAAUAUUUCAUUUUUAUUGCUAAAAGAAAGCUGACUUGCUUCAGCCAGGGCUUAUUUCUUUAAAAUUUUAGUAAUGCAACGAAAGUAUAAACAUAACAAGAACAUCAAAGCCAAGUAGUUAAACAGGUACUGAUAGCCUAGUUGCUAAUCCAUUGUUUGGUUAUGCAGCACACGUGAAAAAAAAAAUAAUAACCACGUUCAGAGAAACAUGAAUCCUCGUACUUAUGUUUGUGCGAGCGUGUGUUUUCAAGUGCACUGCUUACCAAAUCAUAUCUAAACAAGAAUUAACCAGAAAAAAAACUAGGCAUAAAACUGAUGCAUAAAAGCCCCGGAGCAACACGUGCAUUCAAAACGCAAGCGUUUCCGGCCGCGGCGGCCGCAUUUUGCUGAGGCCGGAACGCAAACACCCUCGCGCAGUUACGUUCAGGUCCCCAAAUAAGGAGUCUCACGUCCAGCAUGUUCCCUAAAGAAGUGACACCUCAGAAUUUUGAAAGCUUCUUUUUAAAGGGACGCUAGAGGGCAACAGCAAAUUAGAUUAUUCCUUCAAAAGUAUUUGCGUUCAUCCGACAGGAAGAAUAUGUGCCGAACUUCCCUUUUUUUUUUUAAUCUUUAUUCCACGCCGUCACCUCGGCGCCUGCACGACAGUGUGACGCCACAGGUUUUCGCAUUAUCUUAUCUGGGCAUUUAGCCGCAACAAGAUUUCUCAAAGAUGUCUGUUACCGCAGACCUUUCUAGAACUCGAUGCAAUGUUCGUUUACCAAGAUGAGACGCUAUCGAAGCCCAUGAAGUCGGAGCGAGCUUGCGCACGAGCUUCCGUGAUGCUGUAGCCACCCUGUUUUCUGACUUUGCAAGCCAGCUUAUCUCUUAAUUUACCUGUGCGUAAGCUAAAGUUGCUUAUGUGCACGCUUCGGCACGAACGCGGCUAAUGCGUCGCGCAAACGGGACGCGCUGAUACGUUGCAUGUGGCUGUCGCUUAGGGCUACCUAUGACUGUGAUAUCUGCACCUCACUUUUGUAAAUACAAGCCUUUCGGGGCCUCGUCAUUAAUUUAUGUUCCACCACUCAUUCCCUCGCAAUGUCUUUCCGUCAUUUUUUUCUUCGCAUCAAGUCGAUCCCUUAUUGCCAUGUGAUCCGUGCCCUUCGUCUUUGGCGCACGUUUUCUUGUCCAGAAGACAUGCCUCAGACGUUGAGGUGCAGUACAAACUUGUUUCUGUGGACGUCUUUUUGUUCGUUGUAAAUAAGCUGUUCAUCUUCAGUCACUAGCCUCCCAUUUGUUCUCGUAAGCACAAAGUUCUGUGCCGAGUGCCCUUCCUGUUCAAUCAGCUGGGGGCCAUAUUUUGCGGGGAUUAAUUCCGAGAAUAUGUCUGAGCCUGUGUGCGCACUGACAAGUCAAUUUAUCGUCCGAAGAACAGAAAAUGAGAAGAAUCACUAUAAAAUACUGCUCUAGAGUGCCCGACCGCCUCGAUGUUUUUAAAAAGUAAAAGCCGUUUGGAGCCCCAAGGAAAGCAAUAACCAGAAUUCAGUGUUCUUGGAUUCAAUUUUUACGUCCGACAACCACUCCAACCAAAUUCUUAUCUUGUUCAUGUUAUUCAUAAAACGGCAAUAGUCAUACAUAGUCUUCCCAUGGUCGUAGACGUACAUUGUUCAUGUUCAAUAAACUGUCAUAAACUGA